AUGGACGUCUUCCAGAAGUGUUUGAGCAUUGCCAAGGACCCGUGGCAUACCAGAUGGAUAUGUCCACUGCUGCUGCUGGCUGAUGCAGGACUUACAGCAUUGAUCGUGUGGAAGGUCCCAUAUACCGAAAUCGAUUGGACAGCGUAUGUGGAACAAGUCACACAAUAUCUUGCUGGAGAACGCGACUACACCAAGAUCCAAGGAGGUACCGGUCCUCUGGUCUAUCCCGCGGCCCAUGUCUACAUCUACCAAGUGCUAUAUCGGUUCACCGACCAAGGCACCAAUAUCCCGUUUGCACAGAUCAUCUUUGGUGUCCUCUACCUCAUGACGCUUGCUGUGGUCAUGGCAUGCUACCGCAACGCAAAGAUACCACCCUAUGUGUUUCCGAUGCUCAUCUUGUCCAAGCGUAUGCACUCGAUCUUCACGCUAAGGCUGUUCAAUGACUGCUUUGCCAUUUUCUUCUUCUUUUUGGCCAUCUAUUGCUACCAGAAGCGAUGGUGGAUCAUGGGGUCAGCCAUCUACUCAAUGGGGUUGGGGGUGAAGAUGAGUCUGUUACUUGCAUUGCCUGCAGUCGGGACUGUGCUUCUGCAAGCAAUCGGUGCAAGUGAUGCGAUUGGUCAUGCAUCGUUGAUUGUGUUGAUACAGAUUCUACUCUCAUUGCCCUUCACACUGCACAACCCGCAGGGCUACCUCUCGCGGGCAUUUGAGUUCACAAGGCAAUUCUUCUUCAAGUGGACAGUAAAUUGGCGGUUUGUGGGAGAGGAGACAUUCCUCUCCAAGCAAUUUUCAUUAACAUUGCUUGCUGCUCACGUCUCUCUGCUUGUUCUCUUCGCUACGACUCGAUGGCUAAAGCCUUCGAAACAAACCCUUCCUGCGAUAAUCGGAUCAAUCUUCAAUCCUCCGUCAGAGGCAAAGCAAGCAGAGAUAUCGGCGAGGGUGACACCCAGGUUUAUCUUGACGACAAUACUUUCGGCCAAUGCGAUUGGCAUGCUGUGCGCAAGAUCGCUCCACUACCAGUUCUACUCUUGGAUUGUAUGGGCGACUCCUGCUCUUCUCUGGCGCGCGGGCUACCAUCCUAUCCUGCAAUAUGCCCUGUGGGGUGCGCAAGAGUAUGCCUGGAACGUCUUUCCCAGCACCAACUUCAGCUCGAUGGUUGUGGUGCAAGUGCUUGCUGCUACGGUGGCUGGCGUAUGGUAUGGAACGAGAAAAGAGACGACGGAUGCUCCGGUGAAGAAGCAUCAGCAUGUAGAGUAG